UUACUUGCCAAUAUUGAAAGUUUUGUACCUAAAAUGUGGCACAACUGCACUAAAAACCUCAGAUGUCUGUCAAUCCAACGAUGAGCAUUCAGCCGUACAAGCACAUACCAUCAGUAUUUACAUUUCUUCACAAAACAUUACUACCAAAUAGGAGUCAUGCCAUUUUUUAAAUCUUAAAGCAGUCUAAACUGCUAUAGUAGUAUACUGCCCUGUAGUGUUCAUCACUAUAAUGACCUCAAAUUUAAGAUGGCUAAUGCCACAUUACAUUAAUAUUGAAGUUGUAUUUAAGAGUAUGUUUAUUUGCAUAGCAUGUGUGUUGUAGUUAAUGUACCUAGUGGGUUUCUCAUUUAUAGGAUUUAACCAUUUUGCUAUCUGAACGUGCACAACACAUGGCUCCCUGACAUGCUUUUCACAGAAGAACUUGGUUCCAAGCCAUUUUCAAAGUCCCUUAACAUCCAUGACUUGUUACACAGAUCCGUUUAACGAUUCCAGUUGAGUGAUCUAGAGGAACUUGCUUUACUACAAACAGAAGCACUGGACACCAGCAUGAAACUGGGAACUUGCCCAUCUUGAGUUGCAGCCCCUAAUGACUAGUUUUGUUUCAACUCUAAUCGUGAGCGGAUUCAAACUUGAAGUUACCAGUUAACCUUCUCCCUGGCACAAUGCCAUAAUGUGAAUAAGACGCCACGCACUAGAUAACAUUUAACCUGUAGAAAUGCAGCCACAAUGCCAAGGGACUUUAAGACACUCAGCAAAUCCCAAUACAUAAAUUUUAACAGACAUUAACAGGGAUUUUUAUGAAAAAGUAUUAAUACCAGAGACACUUUGUCUGACUUUAUACCAUAGGGCUAAAUUCCACACAGGACAACUGCAGUUGUCCAAAAUGUGCCUUUUACCUGCCAGUUUAGAUUUUCAGGAGUUAAUGACUAGAUCUGCACUUACAAGUAACCGCUAAACCGAAACUGGCGAGUUGAUCAAAUAGCCCUAGAAGCCGGAAUAUACUGAUGCGACAGUACAGUUCCCAUGCAGACUUCAAAAUCAGUUUUACAAGUCCACGUUUGAAGAACGAUGUACUGCUGAAGCAUUUGAUAUUUAAAGUGCCCAUUAAAAAAAAGACGUUUAGAAAUAAGGCAUCCAGCAACCAUUUCAAAAUGCAACUAGAAGAAACAGGAAGCUACAGUUUUAGAUUAAAGGGUCACUGUUUUCAAAAGAUGAGAAAGUUCCGUUUUCAAAGAUGGAUUCACGUUGCAUUCACGGACACGACAAACUAGAGCUGUGGCGGAGGCGAUACAACACCGGUGGAUCGCACAUAGAAAGCUCGUUUGGGUUACAAGACACGCAAGAGCUCAGUUCCUGCAGAAGUAGUAGCUGCGGUGGAUGUCAGUACAACAGCCAAUGAGGUUUAUAGGCACAACUUUCCCAGCACCCCUCUCUGGGCCAAGACAAUUGAGGGUGUAACGCUUAGUGAUUUCAAUAAGAUCGGCUUUGACAUGGUUUUGAUGAGUCCUCCUUGCCAGCCCUUUACCAGAAUUGGAUUGCAAGGGGAUGUUUCUGACCAUAGAACAAAGAGCUUUCUCUACUUCCUUGAUAUUCUUCCAAGACUCAACAAGCUUCCCAAGUACAUUCUACUAGAAAACGUCAAAGGUUUUGAAACAUCCUCUGCAAGAAAUGUGCUUGUGAGGACAUUAGAAGAGUGCAAGUACACAUAUCAAGAGUUUCUGGUCUCUCCAACAUGUAUUGGGAUUCCAAAUGCAAGGCUGCGCUACUUUCUGAUCGCUAAGGCACCACCAAAUUUGUUCUCCUUUGAAACAACUGUGGAGAUUAUGGUGGAUUUCCCUAGCUCUGGUUCUACAAACGUCAGUUCUUACAAGGAGUGUUCUGCCAGUAGUGAGCCUGGUCAUAAGACAGGGGGAGAGCAGGCUGUUGUUUAUAAGCUGGAAACUGCCAAAGACCUGGAAAGGAAGAAGUCCCAGGACAGUGAUGUGUCAGUACGGAGGCUCCAAGACUACUUGGAGGAGGAGCCAAAGGACUUGACCCAGUACCUUCUUCCGCCAAAGACCUUGCUACGCUACUCCAUGCUUCUGGACAUUGUGAAACCCACCUGUAGGAGAUCAGUAUGCUUCACUAAGGGGUAUGGAUACUAUGUAGAAGGCACUGGCUCUGUUUUACAAACAUGUUUGAACACGCAGUUAGAGGAUGUCUUCAAGUCCCUGCAUUUGUUGUCAGAUGAAGAGAAGCUGAAUCAACUGUUGAAGUUAAAACUGCGUUACUUCACUCCUCGGGAAAUUGCCAACCUUUUGGGCUUUCCUGCAGAGUUUGGAUUCCCUGAGAAAAUAACCACCAAAAAACAAUAUAGGCUCUUGGGAAACAGCCUUAAUAUACACGUGGUCUCCAGACUCAUUCACCUGAUGUUUGCAUAGCCACUGAGGAGACAUCUUAAUGAACUACCCAGUCCUUCACAUCUGAAAUGCAGCCUCCUGUAGAGACAUUUGAAACACUCACUGGGUUAAAAGAAGACUAAUGUCCAGCAAUCUGACAUAUACAGCACAAACCAGGAGAUAACAUUUAGAGCAAUCCUGCUUUGCUGACAAAUUUAUCCAUUUUGGUUUGAGUGGUGCACAAGUAGCUGUCAAUCUAACAUCAGUUUGGAAUGGAAAUUUGACUUUAAACUUUCCUUUUUUAUUUUCUAAAUGUAUUGCCAUAAUUUGUUUUAAUAAAAAAAUCAUAAAGUUGU